AUGUCUGACCGUCGAGACCGUGACCGAGAUCGUAGUGACCGUGAUAGAGACCGUAGGCAUCGUUCCCGUUCUCCACGAGGUCGUGAUAGGGACCGUGACCGCAGAGAUCGACGAGACCGGGAUCGUGAUCGUCGAGAACGUCGCGACCGUGAUAGAACGGACGAGGAUCGUGCGGAAGCUAAAAAAGCUGAUGAUGGUGUUCAGAACAACAAGUUGACAGCAUUAGCGUCUCAGGUAAGGUUUAUAUUGUGUUUGGUAUCUGAAUGUUUAGGUUAAUAUAAUUGCAUCGGUUUGAUGUUGAAGAUGGCCGUAAACACCUUUCUACGGCUGUAUGAAGAUGUAGAGAGGUAGUUCUGACAAAAAUCUUUUUGGAUAAACGGUUUGUUGCUUGGUAAUCAAUGGAUUUUAAGGACUUGUUUAGUUUUUGCUAGUAUAACAUAAUUUUUUGAGCGUUUGGCCGACAGAUCGAGAUUAAAGCUUUAUAUUUUUAAAAAUCAAAAUAGAUAACAGAAUAUACGUUAUAUUUACAGUUAGAAGAAGAGGUUAUAAAGCGUAGAGAACGUGCAGCACAAUGGAGAAAAGACAAGGAACGGCAUGAAGCUCGAUUAAAAGAAGCCAAAGAACAGCUGGAAAAGGAGAAAGAAGACAAUGAUGAACCACAAGAAGGAGUUUUUGUGGAUGAAAACGAUGAAGUAGAGGAAGUGGAUUCUGGAGAGAAUAGCGACGAUGAGCUGGAUGAAAUGGAAGUGGACGUUAAUGGGUAAGAUUAUAUUGUAGUAGGCAACAGAAUGUUUUUAAGCGGUAUAUUUUUGUUUUAAUAAGGUUCUUAAAUAAAGAGACCAUGAAACUGCUUUAAUGGAUGUUAGCUUCAAGUUUAUUUUCUAGGACAUCAAAAGAAGAAGACGACGAUGAAGAAGAAGACCCAUUAGAUGCAUAUAUGGCCGUGUUGGACAAAGAAAUUAAGAGGGAUAACAAGCCGAAAGUCCGCCGAAUCGUAAUAUCAGAAGCCGAAAAAGCGUCAGAAGGUCCGGCUAAAGGGGAAAUCAUUGAUAAUGAAGAUGAACCGAAUCGAGUUCUGGAAGAUUUUGACAUGGGCGAGGAGAUGAACUCACUAAUGGCUCGGUCGAAACACUUGGAAGAGACCGACCAUACUAAAGUGUACUACAAGGACUUUAAGAAGGACUUUUAUCACGAAGUUCCGGAUUUGCAGAAAAUGACAAAAGAAGAAGUGGAUCAGUACAGAGCAACGCUGGAUAACAUUGCUGUUCGAGGGAAACGGGUGCCGAAGCCGAUAAAGAACUGGGCACAGGCUGGACUUAAUGUUAAGGUUAUGAAUGUGCUCAAAAAGGUGAGAAUUGAUUUUUAUUUAUUUUUUUGGAGGUUGUAUCUUUUGGAAAGGGGAAAUUUAAAAAAAUUUUUGGGCGGGGUAAAUUUUUUUUUGGAGGAGGGGGGGGGGAGGGGAGGAUGGAAAAGUGUGAAAAUUUUUUAAAGAUAGGCAGAGCGACAGGGAAGUAAGCUUUUUUAAAAAAUUUGGGCGAGGUAAAUUUUUUGGCGGGGGUGUGGUAAAAAUUUUUUUUCUAGCUAGCCUCUCCCGAAAAAGCCAUUGCUCUAAAUAAUUGUUUUUAAUCUUGAAAUUUCAGGCUAAACUACCAAAAACCAACCUCAAUCCAAGCCCAAGCGGUACCAGCCAUCUUGAGCGGUCGAGACGUAAUAGGUAUAGCCAAAACCGGCUCUGGCAAGACCCUCGCCUUCCUCUUACCAAUGUUCCGCCACAUCCUCGACCAAGAACCCCUGGACGAAAUGGACGGCCCAAUAGGUAUAGUCCUAUCACCAACUCGAGAACUGGCCAUGCAAACCUACAAAGAAGCGCGCAAAUUCGCCACGCCCUUAGGCCUAAGGGUUGUGUGUGUCUACGGAGGCGUGGGUAUUUCGGAUCAGAUCGCUGAUCUAAAAAAAGGAGCCGAAAUCAUCGUAUGUACACCAGGAAGAAUGAUUGAUAUGUUGGCGGCUAAUGCCGGUAAAGUCACAAACUUGCGCAGAGUAACGUAUCUUGUCAUGGACGAGGCGGAUCGUAUGUUUGAUAUGGGUUUUGAGCCUCAGGUCAUGAAGAUUGUUAACAAUAUUCGACCGGACAGACAGACGGUUCUGUUCUCGGCCACUUUUCCAAAGAGAAUGGAGGGAUUGGCCAGGAAAAUUUUGAAAUUACCGGUCGAAAUUCAGGUAAAUUUGAUUUUUUAAAUUUUUUGAAAUUAAAAAAAAUUUUUUUGAAAUUUUUAAAAAUUUUAGAUUUUUUAGAAAUUUUUACUCCGCACUAGCUUUUCCCUACCCAUAACAACCUCCUUACAGCACCAAUUUCAUUUUUUUUCAAAAUUUAAAAUUGUUUAAUUUCAGGUCGGAGGCAAAAGCAUUGUCUGUGCAGACGUAAAUCAACACGCCCUAGUAGUAGAUGAGCAUGUCAAGCUUCUAAAACUACUAGAAUUACUAGGCCAAUACUACGAGCUAGGCAGUGUUUUGGUUUUUGUGGAAAAACAAGAAAAAGCGGACGAAGUAGUGGUUGAAUUGAUGCGUUCAGGCUACAAUUGCGCCCCAUUACAUGGUGGUAUUGAUCAAUUCGAUCGAGAUUCAAGGAUCAUUGACUUCAAAAGUGGAAGACUGAAGGUUUUGGUAGGUUUUUUUGAAGCUUUUAGAGGAUUUACGAGGUAGUUGGAAGAAGGUUUUUAGGAUUUGAACCAAUUUUGUCUAGUAUAAUAUAGAAAAGGUGGGGAUGGUUGCACUUUUUUGAAUAACUUUUGGUAGAGGUUAGAUAGAGACUUGAAACUUUGUGUCAACAUAGAUUAUGGUUUAAGUUAACUAUGUGAAGAAGCAAGUUUUUCGAAACCACAGUAAUUUUGGUGUUACAGUACACAUACCAUAGCAUAUUUCAAAUUUUGUAUAAUUUUAAAAAAAAAAUAGGUAUGUAUAAGCUUAAAAUUUUUUGGUAAUACAUAUCGAUUAUAUUGACAAAGAAAGCAAAAAGAUUAUCAAAAAUUUUGAGUCAUGAAAAAGUUACAGCACUUUUACCGUAACCGACUUUGAUAUCGUUAUAACUUUUUUCAAAAAAUGAGUAGCGAUUUGAAAUUUUGCGACAAUACACUUUGUUACUAUUGACAAAUGACGUAGAAAGAUCAUUUUGAAAUUUUAUAUUGGCAAAAAGUUACAGUACUUUUCCGUAAACCAACUUUUUUAAAUUUUUUGUGAUUUUUCGCGAGCUUAGGAUUAUAAUGUGAUUUUGAAGAGUAAAAUACGACUUGACAUAGUUUAAUAAAGAAUAUUGAUUUAAGCUAUUUAAUUUUUAUAUCUUCAGGUAGCCACUUCAGUAGCAGCCCGCGGUCUCGACGUGAAGGACCUUAUUCUAGUGGUAAACUACGAUUGUCCAAACCAUUACGAAGACUACGUUCACCGAGUUGGCCGAACAGGCCGCGCAGGCAAUCAAGGCUACGCCUACACCUUCAUCCUACCGCUGGGUCAAGAACGGUUGGCAGGCGAAGUGUGUCGUGCCUUCGAAACGGCCGGCAUCGAACCACCAGCCGAUGUCAAAGCAUUAUUCGACAAGUUUAAAGAAGAACAAGAAGCCGAAGGCAAGACUGUCGUACUGGGUGGCGGUGGCUAUAGCGGCUCCGGAUUCAAGUACGACGAAGCAGAGAGUGAACAGGAGCUGAGCAAGCGAAUGUUCACCAAGCUGGUACAUGGCAUUGAAGCUGGUGCAGAUGAGGACGACGAAGCCAUUGAAGAACAGCUGUUGUUGUUAAUGAAGAGCAAGAGUAAAGUAACGAAGAGAGAUGCUAUUGAGGACCCAUUUGGCUUCGGAAAGAGUGGUAAGUUUUUAAGGGGAUUUAAGGCCAUCUUUGGUUUACAGCGUGUGAAAUGGCGAUAAAUUUGUUUACAUAACUUAAAAUGACAAGAACUUUCUUUACAAAACUAAAAAUGGCAAGAACUUUCUUUACAAUACGAAAAAUGGCAAGAACUUUCUUUACAAAACAAAAAAUGGCAAGAACUUUCUUUACAAUACAAAAAAUGGCAAGAACUUUAAUUAAAAACAAAAAAAUGGCAAAAACUUUCUUUAAACAACGAAAAAUGGCAAGAACUUCCUUUACAAAACAAAAGUACCAUUUUUGCACUAUUUUUGAAGUUUUUAAAUAAAAAAAUUCAGAUUUUUAAAUAAAUUUUUUAUUUUUUCAGACGGCACCGCCCCAUCAACAUCAGCCGCACCCAAAGACCAAAAACCCCUAAAACCGACGAAAGAACAACUGAAAGAAAAGGAGAACAAAGCAGCAGCGGCCAGAGCGGCGGCCGAACGAAUCGCCAAAGAAAAGCAACUGGGCGCCAUCCAAGUGGCCGAAAAGGAUGCGACAGCAGUAACGGCCGAAGCCGUCCUCCGAGGUGAACGAGCUCCCGAACUCAAGCUCUCAGCCUCAUCUCAAGCCAAGCAAAUCGCCGAAAGACUAAACAAUCGCCUCAACUACCUACCAUCAGCCAUUCAUCCAUCCGUCAACCCCGACUUCCACACGAAUUACUUUGAGGAAGAGGUGGAGAUUAACGACUUCCCACAACAAAUCCGAUACAAAAUUUGCUCGAGGGUAAGAGUUUGCUUCACUAGGGGGGGGUCAGAUUGAAUUUUUUAUCACAGGGGGGACCAAGUUAAAUUUUUUGAACAAAAUUUUAUUUUUGGCAAGAACUUUGUUUACAAGGUCUGAAAUGGCAAGAACUUACUUUACAGAAUAAAAAAUUGCAAGAACUUUUUUUACAAGGUCUAAAAUGGCAAUCACUUUCUUUACAAGGCUUAAAAUGGCAAGAACUUUCUUUACAAAACAAAAAAUGGCAAGACUUUCUUUACAAAUUUUUUCCAAAAUUUUUAAAAUUCCAUUUUCAGGAAAGCAUAGCCCAAGUGGAAGAGUUCGCGAACGUUGGAAUCUCGGUGAAAGGCACCCAUUACCCACCGAAUAAGGAGCCAAAAGAAGGCCAAGAUCGCAAACUAUACCUACUGCUACAAGCUCGAGAUGAGCCGGCAUUGAGACGAGCAAAGGAAGAGAUUAUUCGGAUCAUGAGAGAGCAGCUAAGAGCCUCCCUAAUGCAAGGACGACCACCGACCGGCGGUCGAUAUCAACUUUUCUAA